AUGAGCGAGACCCUCAUAUCGCCUCAAGGGCCUCUUGCCACGGUAUGGCUUGCGGCAAAUUACGACAAGAAGCUCCACAAGCAACAGCUGCUCCAAGCGGAUAUCCCUGAGCUGACGGAGCUCAUCAGCAGCAACCAGAUUACAUUGAGAUUGAGUGGGCUGCUUCUCCUCGGGGUGGUCCGUAUCUACUCCCGUAAGACCAAAUACCUUUUGGACGACGUCAAUGAUAUCCUCGUAAAGCUCAAGACGUCGUUCAAGUAUUCUACGGGGUCCCGGCUUGGUUCUGACGGCACCUCAGUAAACUUGCCGGCGUCGCAAACCGUGAUUAAAAACAUCAAACUGGUGAUGUUGACCGACCAGGUGUCUCGCUACGAUUUGUUCUACCAGCCCGACCUCAAUUUGGACCUCCCGCAAGUGUUCCUGCUGACUUCUCAGUACGAUCUGUCUCAAUUCGAUACUCAGUACGACGACCACCUGGUUGACCCUGGUAGAAGCCACGAUGACGGUGGUGGGGAACAAGAUGUGAUGCUUGAUUUUGACAUUGAUAUGCCGGACAUGGAUGAUGACCACCGUGGUGACGAGCCCCCAUUGUCGCCUUCUGGUCCUGACCAAUCUAUUGAAAUUGGUAGAAGAGGCCUGGUGGUAGAGCAGGCCCCUGAGGAAAUCUCCAUUUUGGAUAUGGAUAAGCCUGAAGAACCAUUGGAAACGGUGGAAGAAGCGCAAAGACAAGCGACACCGCAGCCUGCAAGAGCUCCUCGUCGCCGUCGCCAAGCGAUGAUUGACGGCCACGUUAACACUAAUAAACGGCGGUUGAUUGUCGACGAAGAAACCGUUAUUUCCGUUGACAGCUUACGCGAGUUCCAAGCGUCGACGAUGGCGCUGGAACCGCGUCAAACCGUCGCUCCUACCGAAAGACUACGAGCGAUCUACGAGGUCGCCUACAAGCGGCGCAGAUUGCAAUGGGAAGCUCAACCUGAAGCCCCUGCUGACAUUCCUGAAAACAUUGAUCUUCCUGAGAUUGGUCACGAACCCGAAUCAGAAGUGCCUCUGCCGCUUAACUUGGAUCAACACUUGGACUUUGACAUUGAUAUCCCCGAUAUCGAGCCCCCUCAUGACGACUAUGAAGACCAACAACCGCCCGUGUUUGCGUCCGACGACUCUGGGUCCAGUUCCGUCGACAUGGAGCACCAAAUGGUGGUUACGUUAACCGAAAAGCUUGACGAGAGCCGCCCCACUGAGUCCACAACGCUUGCGUCAGUUAUCGACGCCAGCAGUGCUUCUGUCCCAGCGACAAGAAAACAUGCGGCUCUGUGCUUUUUCCAGAUGCUUACACUUGCUACUAACGAUGCUAUUUACAUCGACCAAGCCCCUUCUGCCACCGAGCUUGGCGGGGCUAUCGACAUUUCCGCCAAACCGAGACUUUGGACCCUUGCUUAA